UCGCUAGGUACACGUCUUUCACGUCAAUAUAGUUUGUGUAUUAUGUCAACAGCACUAUAAACCUACCGUGGGAGCUACACGCAGAGGCUUAACACAGCGACUAUAUACGCUACGUCAUGGAGUCACGAGACGCACUCAUCUUCUUUGUCAACGGUAAAAAGGUUGAAGUGGGAAGCCCAAAUCCGGAGACAACUUUGUUACAAUAUCUUCGCCAGACCUUAUAUCUUACAGGAACAAAAUCAGCAUGUGGUCAGGGUGCGUGCGGUGCAUGCACCGUCAUGAUCUCCUCAUAUGACGUCACCAAUAAAUCGAUAACACAUGUAUCUGCAAACGCCUGUCUGGUGCCUUUGUGUUACCUUCACGGACGAGCAGUCACUACCGUGGAGGGCGUAGGCAGCUCCCAGACUGGACUGCAUGGAGUACAGAAAGGUAUGAUUGAGUCACAGGGUUUCCAGUGUGGAUUCUGUACCCCCGGAAUGGUAAUGACGAUGUACACGCUGUUAAGGAACAACCCUACUGCAGCAAAGGAACAGAUGGAGAGAGUUCUUGAAGGAAACUUAUGUCGAUGUACCGGCUACCGCCCUAUAGUUGAUGCAUUCGUGGAGGCCAAAAAGAACUGUCCAUGUGGACUAGGCCUGUGUCAACAAACAACAGAGACGCCAGUAAGCACUGUGGAAUCUACUUACCAGAAAGAUUCUUCUUCUCAAGAUGUCAUAUUUCCACCGGAAUUACAGCUCACAGAAUCUUACCACACAAAGAAUGUUGUCUUCAGUGGAGACCGCUAUACCUGGUACCGCCCCACAUCCCUGUCUGAAAUACUGCGACUGAAGGCAGAACAUCCAGACGCACCUGUGGUCAUGGGCUGUAAUAGUAUAGGGUAUCUGCUGCGGAAGGGAAAACUGACCUCUGAUGUGAUUAUUUGUGGAACCAAUGUUCGGGAGUUAGUUGUUGUUGAGACGACUACGUCUGGGAUUCGAGUCGGAGCUGGGGUUACAAUGGCUUCAUUAGAGCACUCUCUGAAUGAAUUAUUGGGCAAAACCAAAGAUCCUGCAAACAGAUGUAUGAAAGCAGCCCUGGACGUUCUACGCUGGAUAGGUGUGGACCAGAUUCGGAACACGGCGACUAUUGGGGGUCACGUGAUGAGUCAUGCGCCCAAUCUGGAUCUGCAGGCGUUCCUAUUGGCUGCCGGAGCAGAGCUAAACUUCGUAUCAGAAGGAAAAGAAGUGCGUCUAUGUAAGAUGGAUGGAGACUUCAUCAGUAAUGGAUAUGGUCACAUUGGUGGAAGCGAAAUCCUUGUCUCCAUCUCUAUACCAUAUACAAGCGAUAACGAGUUUAUAGUUGGCAUGAAGCAGCCUCACCGUCGCGGGUUCGACUAUGGUAUAGUUACAUGCGGACUGUUUGUAGAACUGGACACUUCUCGAGAAGCUGUUCGGGGGAUGCGACUAGCUUUCGGUGGCGUUGACAAGAAACCUGUUUUGGCACUAUCAGCUGCUAAAAGUUCUAUUGGAAAAACGUGGUCUGAAGAUUUAGUCGCAGCGGUGUGUGGUGACCUGAUAACGGAGCUUAACAACAGUCAUUACGAUAAUUCCAAAUUCAGGCUUACUCUCGCCUGCAGCUUUUUCUACAAGUUUUUCCUGUUUGUACAAGACCAGUUGAAGAAUGUGAAUUCGUCCAGCCAGUAUAGUGUGACAGGGCUACCCUUAACAACUGUUUCCGGUACACAAGUUUACGACGUCCCAAGCGAUGACGGUAACAGGAUUGUAUGGAAACCUGUGCCUAACGUCUCCUCCGAAUACGUCACAUCUGGAGAGGCACAGUUUGUGGACGACAUACCUUCAUUUCAAAGUGAACUCUGUGCUGUUCCUGUUACCAGUAAGCAUGCACAUGCUCGGAUCAUAUCUGUUGACCCGACGCAUGCGCUUGAACUCCCUGGGGUGGUGGACUAUAUCAAUAGCUCUGACGUACCUGGUAGCAACAGAUUCGGGGAAAUAGUGCCAGACGGCACACUGUUUGCCGAAGAUGAAGUGUUCUGUUGCGGCCAGGUGAUCGGUGCAGUCUUAGCCGAGAGCCGAGCUGUGGGUGAGAAGGCGGCAGAACUGGUUAUCGUCACGUACGAAAAGAUGGAUACUACCUUUACCAUUGAGGAGGCAAUUGAGAAGAAUGAAAUGUUUGAUGGAGUACAUAAGAUUGAUGUCGGUGAUCUAGAGAGUAUCCGAGGGACAGCCAGUCAAUGUGUAGAGGGCACAUGUUCUACAGGUGUACAGGAACACAUGUACUUAGAAACUCAGUCCGCGCUUGCAGUACCAAAGCUGGAGCAACACGAACUGGAAGUAUUUACAUCCACACAGAUUUUAACAUCAACACAGCACAUCCUAUCUCAAUUCCUGAAAAUACCUCGGAACAGAUUAACGGUGAAGAUAAAACGAGUCGGUGGAGGAUUUGGUGGAAAACAGGGGGACGCUGUAGCUGUAGCCGGAAUAGCAGCUGUCGGGGCAUGGAAGACGAAACGACCAGUGCGAUGCGUAUGGGAUAGGACAACAGAUGUAAGGAUCACCGGGAAGAGACACCCUUCGAAAUCGGUGUACAAGGUAUACUUUAAUGACGACGGCAAAAUUCUGGGGUUGGACUUGAAGUUUUACAUCAACGCAGGAUACACUCAGGACUGCAGUCCUUAUGUAGUAAAAAUUGGCAUGUGGUUCCUAAAUGGCUGUUACAACAUACAAAACAUAAAGAGUGAAGGAUACAUGUGUAAAACAAAUCUACCUUCAAAUACGGCCUUCCGAGGCUUUGGAGCGCCACAGAUGAUGUUUGCUAUAGAGUCUGUAUUGCAGCAUGUCGCUACACAACUCAAAAUGGCACCUGAACAGGUGCGACAGAUCAAUAUGGUGAAGCAGGGUGAUAUAACUGCCUCCCGACAGAUCAUGCCAGACAACAACAUGCUCCGUUGUUGGACAGAGUGUCGGACUGACAGCCGGUAUGACCAAAGACGACAGGAGAUAGUAACAUUUAACAGUACUAACCGAUGGAGAAAGCGAGGUAUCGCUUUAAUACCAAUCAUGUUCGGUAUUGGAUACGCCCCCCUUGUCGCAAACCAGGCGGGAGCAUUAGUAUUGGUAUACCUUGACGGGUCCGUCUUAUUGACCCAUGGUGGCGUGGAAAUGGGUCAGGGUAUUCACACCAAGAUGAUUCAGGUCGCCUCUACUGAGCUGGACAUACCACUGGAAAAGAUUAUCAUCAGUGAAGUCAGCACAUCAACUGUCCCAAACACAACGGAGUCCGGGGGUUCACAGGUGGCCGACCUUAACGCCGGGGCAGUCAGGAACGCUUGUAUCAAAAUCCGAGACCGCCUUGAACCGUUCAGGAAAGCCAAACCUGAAGACACAUGGGAAAAUUGGGUAAAUGCAGCUUAUCAAGAGCGUGUUAGUCUCGCAGCUACAGGUAUUUUCAAGUCCAGAGAAGAAGGUUAUGAUUUUGAUACCAACACUGGAGUACACGCUAACUACUAUACUUACGGUACAGCCUGUACUGAGGUCGAGAUUGACUGUCUCACUGGCGAGCACCAGGUGCGACGUGUAGACAUUGUAAUGGACGUCGGAAAGAGUCUAAAUCCUGCCAUAGAUGUAGGGCAGAUCGAGGGAGGAUUUGUCAUGGGUUACGGGUUGAUGACUAUGGAAGAGAUCAAACUAACAGCAGAUGGUCGAAUGAAAGCCUCUGGGCCACUGGAGUACAAAAUACCAUGUGUGAGGAAUAUUCCACGAGAGUUCAAGGUCAAACUCCUUCAGAAUAGUGAAACUGUCAAAACUGUAUAUUCCUCUAAGGGGGUAGGCGAGCCACCUUUACUGCUCGCAUCGUCAGUUUUCUUUGCACUUAAGGAGGCAGUACUGGCGGCGCGCGCGGACUUCGGGUUGACAGACGACUACCCAUUGAAAUGUCCAGCCACCACAGAAAGGAUCCGAAUGGCCUGUCAGGACAAGAUUAUAGACAGAUGCCAGCAAGCUGAAACGAAAACCAGUAGCAAUCUUCUUGUUACCAUUUGAUGAUGUACAUCUGUCAUGGAGCUUCACAAUCAUUCAUUAAUGAUCGCAACAAGAAAACUGAAUUAUUUAUAUAUCCUAGACCUCAGAUCCUAUCUCAGCCUUGUCACGUCAAGGAAGUGACCGAAUGACUGCACAUGUAAUUGGACGCAAUACCUCCAUUAACCAAACUCCAUUCGCAUUGAUAAUGAAAGCGGUUUUGAAACCAAACACGAAGUAUUCCUAAUUCAUGUAUGCGUUAUUAUAUUUUAUGCAUCGGUCAAACAAAUGUACAUCCUACUUAAAUCAACACAAUUGUAGGAAGGAUGUGUAACAAUAAUUUUUCAUUAAUAAUGUUUUGAUGAUUAAACCUGGAAUUAAAAUUUCAAUCUAGAGUGUCUGAUAAAUGUCAGUUUAACCUUUGACAUUUCCUACCAACAAAUCGUUAAAAAGAUGAAUAAGAAAUUAUUGAAACGAUCUCUCAAAGCUCACAGUUUAGCAAAGUUAAGUAAAAAAAAAUGGCAACUGGGUAAUAUAAUGUAUGAAAAUGUGGAGGUCACCGUACAUCAAGCUGUUCCGUAGCCUGUAAUGGAGAGGAUUUGGACUUUGGUACAACUGAAACUGGAGAACAAAGUGGAUACAUAUGUAUCCUGAAAAAUGAUCUAUGAAACGUGUUUGUUGAACUGGACACCUUAAGAAACGUUAACACCCACACAAAUGAUAAUAGAUGAUCUGAAGAGUAAAGAAACAACGAACAUUGCAAGGAUGACAAAAUGUGUGGAUGUGUUUUCAAUUGAAAAGAGCUAAAUAUUGAUAAUUGAUAUACUCUGUUAUUUAAAUAAUUAGUUGUAUUAUGAUUGCCACAUGCAUUUAUAUUAAAUUGAUUCUUUGAUUGUU